GAACGAGCAUCAACUGAGCCGCCAGAAGACAUUUUUGCACAACCACUCGACUGUCUGCCACACCUUCCAAUCUGCUUCAGUUCCUUUCCACGGACAAAGAAAGGGUUUCUUUUCGGUAGAAAUACGAGCUGCGACUUGGUCCUCAGCUAUCAGGGCGUUUCCAACAUCCACUUCAGCAUUACUUUCGAUGAGCACAACCGACUCAUCAUCAAAGAUUGGAACUCCUUGGUCGGUACCACAGUCGCAUACGAUACGGACUAUACAGAGGCACGUCGAGACUUCCAGUGGAUCAUCCGUGGUCACGAUGUCCCGGAUCGAAAGCACAUAAUCGUGAUCACGAUACCCAGCAUCGUAGCCUUCCAGAUCGUGGUGGCUCGGCACGAUAUGAUGGAUCCAGCAUAUCACGACAAGGCCAACCGCUUCAAGCAGGGCCGCGCAAGUGCGGAGGCUCUCCUCUACGAUGCGCGUCUGUCAUACCCACCGACAAGAUCCGGCACGGGAGUCCACACCCCCCACCAGGGAGCAAUCUACGUCAGGUCGUCUCUUGGAGGGGACACACACGGCUUUGUGAACCAUCUCUGGAACGUCAGCACUGGUGUAGAGACAGUGGAAAAGGUCCCUUCGCCACUAUCGAUCCAAAGGAAGAGCUACCAUACAGAAAUAUGGCAGAAGGAAGCUGCCAUCAUGAGUCGACUCUCCCACGACAAGAUCGUGAGACUCCUGGCAUGCUCUUUCAAUCCAACACCGCGACUCGAAAUGGAAUAUCUGCGAGGCGGGGCUCUUGACAGCUACACGGAUCUAGCAUAUCAGGAGGUCUUGUCGAUCACCAGCCAAUGCCUGUCCGCCCUAACGUAUAUGCACGAGCUGAAGCCGCCGGUCGCCCAUCGAAAUAUCAAGCCGGCUAAUAUCCUUGUCGACUACCGCAUUGGAAAUCGAAUCGCUAUCAAGCUUGGGGGUUUUGGUCUGUCGGAGCAGAGUGUCUUGGAAACGCAGUGCGGCACACCAAUAUAUCUAGCACCAGAGAUCUCACGAGCUGCGAUGAGUCGAAGCCCAUCCUACACAGUUGCUGUCGACAUCUGGUCUCUUGGUGUCGUGGCGUAUGAGCUGGCGAUCGGUCUUCCAGCGUUC